AUAUCCUAAAUCUUUAAUUGAAAGUUGAAACCCUGUUAACACUCAUCGCAGAUCGGAAUUGUCAACAAAUUGUAUGCUCGUCUUUUCUGAUUCGAAGCCAAAAUGAAUAUCUUCCGAUUAGCCGGCGACAUGACUCACCUCGCCAGCAUUCUCGUCUUGCUCCUCAAGAUCCACACCAUCAAGUCCUGCGCUGGCAUUUCUCUGAAGACACAAGAACUCUAUGCCAUCGUUUUUGCUACUCGUUAUUUGGACAUUUUUACUGAUUUUAUAUCAGUGUACAACACCAGCAUGAAGCUGAUAUUCUUGGGGAGUUCAUUUUCAAUUGUUUGGUACAUGAGGCACCACAAGAUUGUCCGAAGGUCUUAUGACAAAGAUCAAGACACCUUCCGCCACUAUUUCCUUGUAUUGCCUUGCAUACUUUUGGCCCUUCUUAUAAACGAGAAGUUCACCUUUAAGGAGGUAAUGUGGACAUUUUCUUUGUAUUUAGAAGCUGUUGCCAUACUUCCCCAGCUUGUACUCUUACAAAGGACUAGAAACAUAGACAACCUGACAGGGCAGUACAUAUUUCUUCUUGGUGCAUACCGAGCAUUAUACAUUCUUAACUGGAUCUAUCGCUACUUCACUGAGCCAUACUUUGUCCACUGGAUACCUUGGAUUUCUGGGCUCGGUCAGACAUUGCUGUAUGCUGACUUCUUCUACUACUACUUUGACAGCUGGAAGAACAACAGAAAACUACAAUUGCCUGCUUGAUGCUCAUCCAAGGUGGGAGGAUACGCUACUGUCACAGUUAGGACAGCUGAUCCCCUCAUCUUUUGCUUGGGUACUGCGAUACAAAUUUAGACGAUUAGAGUUACUUUAGGGGAUGCAGCACCUACGUCAAUUGUUUCUAGGCUAUAAAGAGUUUUUGCAUUAGGAUUUUAAGUGGAUAUCAAUCGUGCAACAUUUAUUUGGAAAAUUACUUAUUGUAUCAAAUUACCAGUCCGAUUUCCAGUUAACUCUGAAUCAAGGUAACGAGAUUGUAUUUUAACUUGCAAUUGCUCCUCUGGUUGGAAUGUUAAUUGAAUCUAAUCUUGUUGUAUUCUACACAUCCUAGCUUGCAAUUACAAAUU